GGAGGCCCCCUGGUUGGGAAACACUGCCGUAUAUAGUAGACCAGACCCAGCUAUCACAUUACCGGGGACAGCAGUACAGGGGGCAGCAUUACAAGCAUGAACUAGAGAAGCAUGUCAGAGGGAAUAGGCUCCAAAUGCACAUUAUCAGUGGGCGAGAACCAAGGAGGGGGUAGGGAGGGAUCCUUGUGCAUGCCAGCCUGCCCCUCCCAGCCGAAUAAUACCUGCACAUUGCUCUGUCCCACUUCUCACUUCUUGUCAUCUGUGAACAGAAGAGACAGCCUGGGAGCUGUGUCCUGACAUCACCUGCAGUCCAUGACCUGGAGUAUUGUGUUCUCCAUAGCUGGACUGGGAUCCUGCAGCUCUGCACAGGGCAGGGACAUGGCUUGGAGGAUGCAGAACCAGGAUCCUCAGACAAGAGCUCUACAUCUUGUCUACUUCUUCACAGUGACUUUCCUUGCCUGGGGACAAGCUCAGCCUGUAUCCCCAUCCCUCCAUGCAGAACACAUUGUAGUGAGCAACCGAGGAGUCCGGGUGCCCUUUGGCAGAUCAGUGUUUGUGGAUCCAAUAGAGGACCUGGUCCUACAAAUGCAGCCUGGAGACAAGUGUGUUGUGAACGUGCUGGACAAUGACCCCCUGUCCCAGAGACCUGGAUCCCUGAUGCCUAAAAAGUUUCCAUGUGACUUUGGACAAGGAGAAGUGCGAUAUACUCACCUGGGCUCCCGCAGCCCCCAGCAGGACCGAGUGAAGCUGCAGCUGAGAUAUGAUUCCCCUACAGAGACUCUGAUCCUGCCCUUUGUCAUGGAGGUGGAGGUGAUAUUCCAGCAACUUGAGAUCGUCACUCGCAAUUUACCCCUGGUGGUGGAGAAGAUUCAUGGACCCAGUGUCCCCAUUGAUAAGAAGGUUCUAGGUUUCUCCUAUGAUCCUGCUAAGGAAUCCUGCAAAAUCACUCCACUUCUUGGCUCAGGUGGCUUGCCAAGGUAUGGGCACUUAGUAAACACGACCACCAUCCACCAGCAGGGCAUUGACUGCCAUACCUUUACCAGUUCUGGCUUCUAUUACCUGCACACUGCCCCUCAUAACUCCCCAAAUAGAGAUUACCUGCCCAUGAGAGUGGACCUGACUAGUACAAAUGGGGCAACAAGGCAAGAACACUUCCACCUGACUGUCAGAAUCAAGGAGGGAACUGAGAACACUGCUCCUCGCCCCAGCUUUGUAUCCAUGCUCAUGAUGGAAGUUGACCAGUUUGUUCUGACAGCCCUGACUCUGGAGAUGUUGGCAGCAGAGGAUUUAGAGUCUGAUCCUGGGGAUCUUAUCUUUAACUUGACAAGCUACCUUGAUGCAGAAACCUCUGGCUACCUGGUAAGCACCGAUGACCAGAACUUGCCCAUAACUUCUUUUUACCAAAGAGACUUAACUGAGUUGAGGAUUGCAUACCAGCCCCCAUCCAGUGAGUCCUGGCUGGAGAGGAUUCUGCAGCUGGAGAUGCAAGUGAUAGACACAGAAGGUGCCUCCUCUGAAACCUUUGCCUUCAUGAUUGUAGUGAAGCCCAUGAACACACUUGCUCCCCUUGCUACUCGCAAUUCUGGACUGUGGCUUCUAGAGGGUCAGUCAAGGCCCCUGUCUGGUCCAGGAUCUGGAAUGGACAAUCUGGUGCUCAGUGAUGAGGACAAUUUAGAGGAGGUGAAAGUGAGUGUGGUAGGUGGACUCAAACAUGGGCAUCUAGUCUUGACACAUGAGACCAAUACUGCUAACAGUAAUGGGAAUGGCUUCACUUUUACUCCACAAGAGCUGCACUCUGGACUUGUUAUUUACCAGCAUGAUGGUAGUGAUACUUACAGUGAUAAUCUGAUUCUCAGGCUGGAUGAUGGAAAACACCAAGUGGAGCUACUUUACCCCAUCACAGUGUCCCCGACUGAUGAUGAACCCCCAGUUCUCAAUGCCAACACUGGACUCAGCCUAGCAGAGAAAAGCCUGGCCCUUAUCUCUCCCUUCAUGUUAAGUGCUACAGAUAUUGAUUCAGAAGACUCCACCAUUCUCUUUGUGUUACAAGAACCAUUAAGUCAGUUAGGAGAAUUAGUGCUCAGACAAACUGUUACUCCUGCUGAAGGUGAGGAAUGGAAACAUCUUCCCGAGGAAGAACUGUAUGAAAAGGUGGUAAGUGAAUGGUACCAAAAAGACAUUGUAGAUGGAAAACUCUACUAUAGGCAUGUGGGGCCACACAGCGCUGAGACAGUGUUAGACCAGGUGCUGUUCAAGGUGCUGGAUGAUAAUGAUCCACCUAACUAUUCCGGACUGCAAGUCUUCACUGUGCGGAUAGAACCUGUAGAUGACAUUCCUCCUGAGUUAUUCCAAGGGACAACUUUACAUAUGACUGUUAAGGAAUAUGAGGUGACCCCUUUUAAAAGAAAGCACCUUCGUUAUACAGAUAUGGACACAGAUGAUAGAAAUCUGAAGUACACCAUACACAGUCAUCCAAGGGACACUGACCCCAACCACCCAGUCCUGACUGGUCAUAUAGUGUUUACCGACCUGCCAGAUGUCCAGGUGACCUCUUUUACACAAGCCCAAAUUAACCAUCACAAGAUCUCCUACAGGCCUCCAGAAAAGGAACUGGGGAUUGUUGCAAAAGUUUUGCAGUUUAACUUCACUGUAGAAGAUACUUCAGGCAAUUCUGUACAAGGCACUUUUACAAUAUUUUUGCAACCCGUAGAUAACAAACCCCCUGAAAUCACUAAUACAGGCAUUACAGUACAAGAGAGGGGUUCUUUCAUAUUUACAAAAACUGAACUUGAUGCAACAGAUCAGGACACUGACACAAAGAACAUUAUGUUCAGCCUCUCCCAAGCCCCAACACAUGGUCAAGUACACUAUAAAGAUGAGUUGAUGUCAGUGGGAGAGUCAUUUGGACUUCCUCACAUAGAACUAGGUCAUCUGUCUUAUGUCCAUAAUGGGGAUGAAUCUAAUAGUGAUUCCUUCUCCAUUGUAGUUAGUGAUGGCAUUCAUGAAGUCCCUGUUACAAUAAGAAUACAUGUUAAGCCAGUAGAUGAUGAGGCCCCAACAUUAAUGCUUGUUGGUGGCCUUUUGGGAUCUUCCUUAGAAGUUCUUGAGAGGGGGGAAACUGAGAUCACUACAAAUGUUAUCCAAGGCACUGAUCCUGACACAGAUGACCUAAUGCUUACCUUUAUUGUGGAGAACAGUCCUAGAAGAGGGGAAAUAUUGGUAAAUGGUGUUCCUGCUGAGAGAUUCACUCAGCAAGAGCUUCUUAAUGGAGAUGUCAUGUAUGCACAUACUUCAGGAGAGAUAGGCAUUCACAAUCAGCAGGAUUUCUUUAACUUAACCAUUUCAGAUCUUUCUGAUGAAUGGGUAAUAGGAGGAAACAAAGUGCAGGGUGUGAAAGUACAUGUCACCAUUUUACCAGUGGACAGUGAAGCACCUAGAGUAAAAUUGGGAGAUCAGUUCUCUGUAUUGGAAGGAGGUAAAAAUGUGGUGAUGCCUGAAAACCUUGAUGCAGAAGAUGUUGAUACACCAAAAGAUGAAAUAUUGUGCACAAUUAUUGUCCAGCCCACAUCGGGAUACAUGGAAAAUAUCUCUCCUGCCCCCGGCUCUGAAAAGUCCAGAUCUGGGAUUCCAAUCAGUGCAUUCACAAUAAGGGAUAUCCGUCUUGGCCAUAUAUAUUAUGUUCAAAGUAUUCAUCAGGAAGUAGAGCCCAUAGAAGACAGAUUUACUUUCCGCUGUUCUGACGGUAUCAGUUCUUCUCAGCCUCUCUUCUUUCCUAUUGUCAUAAUCCCAACCAAUGAUGAGAAACCAGAAAUGUUCACUCGGGAGUUCAUUGUUAUGGAAGGUAUGAGCCUUGUGAUUGACACCCCCAUCCUCAAUGCUGCUGAUGCAGAUCAACCUGCAGAUGAACUUCUCUUCAUUAUUACCAACCCUCCACAACAUGGUAGGGUAAUUCUGCAGCAAAGCUCCUCUCUCGUCUCAAACUUUACCUUGGAAGACAUACAAGAGAGCUCUAGCAUUGUUUAUGAACAUGAUGACUCUGAGACAAAGGAGGACAGUUUAAGCAUUCUUCUGACUGAUGGACAGCACAGUGUAGAGAAGAAAAUCCUUGUAAUGGUUAUUCCUGUGGAUGAUGAGACACCAAGGAUGGAAAUCAAUGAUGGACUAGAGAUUGACAUAGGAGAAUCUAAGUUACUUACAAACAAGGUGCUCAAAGCUACAGAUUUAGAUUCAGAUGAUAAGUCUCUAACUUAUGUCAUUCAGUUUGGCCCCAAUCAGGGGCUCCUGCAGCAACUUAAUCCAGAUGGAACAGUCCUGGGCAACAUCACAGUGGGAAUGAAUUUUACACAGGACGAAAUAAACAAAGAACUUAUCCAGUAUACCCAUACAGGCCAAGAAGGUAUACGUGACCUUAUAAAAUUUGAUAUCACCGAUGGAAUUAACCCAUUCAUUGACAGAUACUUUUACAUUAGCAUUGGUAGUAUUGAUAUCGCAUUCCCAGAUGUAAUUAACAAAGGAGUCACAUUAAAAGAGGGAGGAAAAGUAACACUGACCACAGACCUUCUAAGUACAAGUGACAUAAACAGUCCAGAUGAGAAUUUAAGGUUUAGCAUCACUAGAGCACCAAGUCGUGGACAUCUAGAGAGUACAGACAAGCCUGGAAUUCCUAUUACAACCUUUACCCAACUUCAACUGGCAGGGAACAAAGUCUAUUAUAUCCAUACCUCGGAGGACGAGAUGAAGAUGGACAGUUUUGAGUUUGAAGUUACAGAUGGAUACAAUCCUGUGUUUCGUACAUUCAGGGUUUCAAUAACUGAUGUGGACAAUAAGAAACCAGUUCUUUCAAUCCAUACUCUUGUGGCAAAUGAAGGAGAAAACAAACUUCUUACUCCCUUUGAACUAAGUGCAGAAGAUAUGGACACUCCUGACCAUUUACUGCGAUUUACAGUCACUCAAGUACCAGUGCAUGGGAGCAUUCUGUAUAACAACAGUCGUCCAACAACUACCUUCACCAAACAAGAUCUGAAUGAAAAUCUGAUCACCUAUAGACAUGAUGGAGGGGAAUCUACUGAAGAUAGUUUUUCUUUCACUGUAACAGAUGGGACACACACCGAAUUUUACGUUUUCCCUGAUAUUACAUUUGAAACUCGAAAACCCCAAAUGUUAAAAAUUAAAAUAAAUUCACUGGAUAAUGGAAUUCCACAAAUUACAGUCAAUAAAGGUGCCACAACAUUAAGGCUCCUUCCUUCUGGACAUCAAGGAUUUCUUAUCACUAGUAAAGCCCUAAAAUCAGAAGACAGAGACAGCCCCAAUAAGUUGCUAAAAUACAGAAUCACAGAUGGUCCAAAGCACGGCAUUAUUCUCAACAUGGCACAUGGCAAUGGAACCACAAGAACAUUUACACAGGCUGACAUUGAUGAUGUAAAAGUCUGCUAUGUCCUGAAGGAUGGGGAGAAUGCUACAAGUGAUAGCUUUCGUUUCACGGUAGAAGAUAAUGGCGGCAAUAAACUGAGUAGUCAGCUAUUUCGUCUUAACUGGGCCUGGAUUUCCCUGGAGAGAAAUCAAUAUACUAUAGAUGAAGAUGCCAAAUUCUUAGAUGUGACCCUAAAGCGUAGGGGAUAUCUUGGAGAAACUUCAUUUGUCAGUAUUAGUACAAAGGAUGGGGCAGCAAUUGCAGACAAAGACUUUAAAGGAAAAACACAGAAGCAAGUCCAGUUCAACCCAGGUCAAACAACAGCUACAUGGAGAGUCAGAAUAAUAGCUGAUGACGAAUAUGAGGAAUCGGAGACUUUCCAAAUAAUACUAUCUGAACCUGUCAUGGCAGCACUGGAGCUCCCCAAUAAGGCCAAUAUUGAGAUUGUGGAUCCUGGAGAUGAAUCUACAGUGUAUAUUCCACAGUCAGAGUAUAAAAUUGAAGAAGACAUUGGGGAACUAUUAAUUCCCGUUAUACGGUCUGGAGAUAUUAGUCAAGAACUUAUGGUUAUCUGUUCAACACACCAAGGUACAGCAACAGGCACUGUUCCAUCAUCCGUUUUGUCUUAUUCUGAUUACAUCACUCGCCCAGAUGACCACAACAGCGUUAUUCGGUUUGACAAAGAUGAGAAAGAAAAAAAUUGUCGCAUUAUCAUAAUUGAUGACUCUUUAUAUGAAGAAGAUGAGGUCUUCAAUGUCACCCUUAGUAUUCCCAUGGGUGGACGAGUAGGGAAUGAGUUCUCCAGUGCUAAAGUGGUUAUCCUGGCCGAUACAGAUGACGAACCAGCCUUCUACUUUGCUGACACCGAUUACCUUGUUGAUGAAAGUGCUGGGUAUGUGGAAGUUCGAGUAUGGAGGACGGGAACAGAUCUCUCCAAAGCUGCAACAGUCACCGUACGCUCUAGGAAAACAGAGCUGCUAUCUGCAGAUGCUGGAACAGAUUAUGUCGGCAUUAGUAGAAAUCUUGACUUUGCCCCCGGUGUAAACAUGCAGAGUUUCCGGGUAACCAUUCUCGAUGACUUGGGCCAACCUGCUUUAGAGGGUCUAGAAAAGUUUGAACUUGUUCUUCGUAUGCCUGUACAUGCUGUACUUGGGGAGCCAAGCAAAACCACAGUCACAAUCAAUGACACCAUCUCUGACUUACCCAAGGUGCAGUUCAAGGAGCCAACAUACAUUGUGAAUGAAAAGGAUAAGCAAGUAUCAGCUAUAAUAUACAGGAGUGGUGAUGUCAGCCAAAAAUCUUCAGUUCGUUGCUACACUCGCCAGGGCUCUGCACAGGUUACAUUGGACUAUGAAGAAAGGCCAAAUACUGAUGACUCUGUAGUAGUCUUUCUCCCAGGUGAGAUUGAGAAGUCAUGUAUUGUGACACUAGUGGAUGACACAAUCUAUGAAGAAGAAGAAGAAUUCAGGCUAGUUCUUGGAACUCCAAAAAGUGACUUACAGUUUGGAGCUGCAGUUGGAGAUCAAAAAGAAACACUGAUGAAGAUAAAGGAUGUAGAAGACAAACCCAUUAUUAGAUUUUCGGAAGUAAAAUAUAGUGUUAAAGAGCCUCAGGAAAUAGGAGGAAUUGCUGUUGUGAAGAUCCCCAUAUUACGUGUUGGCGACAGUUCCAAAGUGUCGAUUGUAAGAGUUCACACAAAGGAUGGAUCAGCCAUCUCGGGAGAAGACUACAACCCAUUAUCUGAAGAUGUUGAGUUUAAAGAAGGAGACACAGAGCAUUUUGUUGAAUUAGAAAUAUUAUAUGAUGGCCAAAGAGAAAUGCGUGAGGCUUUCACUGUUCAUUUAAAACCAGAUGAUAACAUGGUUGCCGAAACCCAGAUGAACAAAGCUAUUGUGUACAUUGAAGAAAUGGAUAGUGUUGCUGAUGUGACUUUCCCAGCUGUACCCCAAGUUGUUUCUCUCUUGAUGUAUGAUGAUACUUCUAAGGCAAAAGAAAAUCCUAGACCUCCAACUGGUUAUCCUGUAGUAUGUGUAACGGCAUGUAAUCCAAAAUAUUCAGAGUAUGAAAAAACAGGCUCCAUCUGUGGUGCUGAGAAUAUUAAUGACACCCUUACUCAGUAUCGUUGGCUGGUCAGUGCCCCGAGUGGCAGCGAUGGCGUGACCAGUCCUAUGAGAGAAGUGGAUUCUAAUACAUUUUUCACCAACACCAAGUCAAUUACUUUAGACUCCAUCUACUUCCAUGCUGGUUCCAGAGUCCAGUGUGCUGCCAGGGCAGUCACUGCCAAUGGAGAUCCUGGUUUAGAAUUGAUAAGUCCUAUAGUCUCCAUCAGCAGAGAAGAAGGUCUUUGUCAACCUCGAGUUCCGGGGACAGUGGGUGCGGAGCCUUUUUCUGCAAAAAUUCGAUACACUGGCCCAGAGGAUCCAGACCAUGCCAACCUAAUAAAGCUGACUGUAACAAUGCCACAUAUGGAUGGUAUGCUUCCAGUUGUGUCAACUAGACAUAUGUCCAACUUUGAACUGACUCUUAGUCCUGAUGGCACCCGCGUUGGCAACCAUAAGUGUUCUAACCUUCUUGACUACAACGAAGUUCCUACCAAGUAUGGUUUUAUUACGGAGAAUACAAAAGAUGAUGAACUGGUUGGGGAAACAUCUCCAUACCAAUACAGCGCUGCUCUGAGAUCAGCUAAGUCCUUGCGCUUCUAUCGUAAUCUCAACCUGGAAGCUUGUCUCUGGGAAUUCAACAGCUACUAUGAUAUGUCAGAGCUCUUGACAGACUGCAGUGGCACAAUAGGAACUGAUGGGCAAGUAUUGAACUUGGUACAGUCAUAUGUCACUCUGCGGGUGCCUCUCUACGUCUCUUAUGUGUUCCAUUCACCGGUAGCAGUUGGUGGUUGGCAGCACUUUGACCUGCAGUCUGAGCUGAGGUUGACAUUUGUAUAUGACACAGCCAUCUUAUGGAAUGAAGGAAUAGGCAGCCCACCAGAAUCAGAGCUACAAGGAUCCCUCUACCCAACCAGCAUGCGGAUUAAUGAUGAGGGUCGUCUAGUGGUGAACUUUAAGACUGAAAUUCGCUUCAGAGGACAGUUUGUCAUGUCCCAUCCAGGUACCUCUCUAACAUCUAUGGUCAUGUCUGCUGACCACCCGGAACUCACCUUUACCUUGAACCUUCUUCGCAGUGAACCCAGCUUCCGGCAGCCUGUGCAACAGUGGAAUUUUGUCUCAGACUUUGCUGUACGGGAUUACUCAGGAACAUACACUGUAAAAAUUAUUCCUUGUAGUGCAUCUCCUAACCAAGAAUACACCGUACCUCCUAUUUGCAACCCACGUGAGCCUAUCACAUUUGACAUCAAUAUUAGAUUCCAACAGGUCAGUGAUCCAGUGUCAGCAGAGUUUAGUCUCAAUACUCAAAUGUUUUUGCUGUCCAAGAAAGAAUUUUGGCUAUCGGAUGGCUCAAUGGGAUUCGGUGAAGGAACAGAUGUUGCAUUUUCUGAAGGGGCCACAAUUUAUGGGCGCGUCAUGGUGGAUCCUGUUCAAAAUCUUGGAGACUCAUUCAUCUGCAACAUUGAGAAAGUAUUUUUAUGUACUGGAGCCGAUGGUUACGUACCUAAAUACAAUCCAGACAACAAAGAGUAUGGAUGCCUUGCAGAUUCUCCUACCUUACUUUAUAACUUUAAGAUACUGGACAAAGCUCAGCCAGAAACCCAAGUGAAGAUAUUUGGAAAUGUUCCAUUUAAUGCUAGAUUAGCUGCUGAUAACCAAGAAGCUCUGCCCCUGGUGAAACAGCCAGGAUCCGAUGGCUUUAGUUUCUCAUCAGAUGCUCUUUUCCAGGUGGCUGCUGGACGUGAAUGGUUCAUUCAUGCUAUCUAUACAGUCCGCUCUAGAGAAAAUGCCAACAGAGGCAUUGGAAAACGUAGCGUUAAAUACCACCACACCAUGAGCAGCACAUCCAUUGGAAAUGAUCAGUUGAUUUUGAAGAGAAGCAAAAGAGCAAAAGAGGACGAUUUGGCACUCGCUCAAGAAAUUGGUGCAGAAAAGAAUAGAGGGACAAACAUUCAGCACAUUACUCUAACACACUCUAAAAGGGUCUCCAGCAAGGACACAUUACCAGGAAGUGCAUUGUAUGAUAAACCAGCCUUAGAAAUCUCUGGCCAAGAUUCACAGAGCACUUUGAUGCCAACUAUCGGAGGGGUGACUGCUUUGUUGCUCCUGAUUUGCACUACAGUUAUCACCAUUUUGCUUAUGAAACGUAGAAAGCAAUCACAUUCGGAUAAAAAGACUGCCUCCAAUAGUCACUGUGAUAGCCGUGAAACUGUGACCACUAGACACAGCAACAGUGACAGCUCUGAGGUAUAGAGGAUCGGACAUAAGGUUACCAUACCUCUUUUAUCUUUGUGCCUAUACAUUUUGCUAUUAGGUCCUUUUCAUUUUAAAAUCUGCCUUCUUGAAGCAAAUCUCUCCAAUUUUUUUAAGCAUAACGGACUACUUAUGGACAAUUUGGUAGUAAAACAAUUUUUGAUCUUUUCAUAUGCUGGUAUCCAUUUGUUCCCUACGGAACAAAUCAGCCUGAUUUGCAAAUUAAUAUAACAAUCUUUAAUGUUAUCUGCCAUUAUUUGUAGGUCUUAACAGCACCUCUUUGGACACCCCUUUUGUUGUGUUCUGUUAGGCUAGAUUUUGGUCUGUUUUCCUUGCUAGCUAAGACAAUGGGGAGAUUUAUCAAAGGAUUUAGACAGUUUUUUCAUGUCUAAAAUUCGCACAGAAAGUUGCAAUCUAAAUACGUGUGACUUUUUCGCAACUUUUACUUUAGAGGAUUUUUAGUACAUGAUGCAUUCUAGUCUAUUCUAAAUGGAAAAUGCAUUGGUGCUGAAUUUAUCAAUAGCGACUUUUCGGCAAAAAUUUGCAUCGGGCGAAAGUUCACUGAAAUGUCAGACCAUACUGAAGCAGGUUUAAAUACAGUCUAAACUGGAGAUCCCGAAGUCUGUACUCAGAAUUUAUCAAGAGCCGUGAAACUUUUGAUAAAUUAGGCGCACAAUAGACUGGCCUUACGCUAUGUAUGUUGGUCUACAUUGAUCCGGAAAAUAGACAACUUUGAUAAUUACCCCCAAUGAGUAUUUCAAGUAGUUUUAAAUGUGUAAAAUUCAGUGUGAUACUGCAUUGCAUUUGCUGAGUGGUUCUCCUCGAAUUAAUAGCUGAUUGCCUGGGGGUCUCAGUAGGAACAUCUCUAUAAGGCGCUCAUACAAAAGGGGUUUCCUUAAGUGUCCAACACAAAUUUACAUGUAAAUAUCUGCAUAGGGACGCAAAGGUGGUCAUUUAUCAAAAAAGGUGAAUCUAUACAAAAAAAAAAUGGACAAAGAUAUAGGGGGAGAUUUAUCAAAACCUGUCCAGAGGAAAAGUUGCUGAGUUGCCCUUAUCAACCAAUCAGACCCCUUCUUUCAUUUUUCAGAGGCCUUUUCAAAAAUGAAAGACGCAAUCUGAUUGGCUGCUCUGUGCAACUCAGUAACUUUUCCUCUGGACAGGUUUUGACAAAGCUCCUCCAUAGUGUACAUUAGGAAAUGAAGAAAUGUUCUCUUUUAUGGUGCUAAAACAAACUGCACUACUAAUGUUACUUCUUAGACCUUUCUUAGUCAAUAACACUGUUUAUUUAUGACUACAAUCUCUUACAUUUCAAGGGAUUACUACUGCACAAUGUGUUUUAUACAAUUUUUAAUAUCAUUGGAUUUUCUUGUUUUGUAUUUACUGCUGCUAUGGAAAGACACAUAAGGUUCAGGAAUAUUUAAGCCAAUGAUUGUAUUUUAAUGACAUAUCAAUAUUACAUUUCUUGUGUUUGAUGUAUAUCCUUUUAAGUAUCAUAUGAAUGUACAUUAUAAGCAUCUUGUUUUUUCUUUCAUGGCCAUUCUUAUUUCUUUUAGACUGUUUCAUUAUCAUCUCUUUAUAGAACAGAGAACUAUACUAAAUAUACUCCUCCUGCCUGCACUUUCAACCAAUUGUAAUUAAAAGUAUCAAGCUGG